AUGUUUCUGAGCGCAUUUUAUUUAGUGCUCGUUGCCGUAUUAAACAUAAGUGAGGCACAAAAUAAUCUAACCGAUCGAUGUGAUGCUUAUAAAUUCCUUGAAGAUAAAGCAUCAUGUGGAAAGAAAGGCUAUCUCAUACAGUUUGGAUUGCGCAACUGUCUGAAAUUUAGUUCACCAGACAUUAGAUCACGCUUCUCCUCCUCUGGACUCGCAUUUCUAGACUGCACAACGAAGUGUCUUAUCACACGUUUACAAAAUCUGUUCACGGGUGAUCUCCCUACAUGCUCAACGGUUGAGAAAUCUGCCUUUGCCAGCCAUUUGCCGUGCUACCUCGAAUGCAACUUCUGUAAAAUUUGCAAAACUGAGAAAGCUUCCCUUCUAAGCAGUUACGACAAGUCUGAUCUCUUCUCCUACGAAGCUAUGAAGACCGCAAUCAAGCUGCUAAAGACAUGUGGUCUGUUCUCUUGUUUCAGGUCAUCGUAG